AUGGAAGGAAGCAACGAAGCUACACAUGACUUCGAAAAUCCUCGCAUUCAGUUAACAACUUCAAUGAGUCAGGAGUUGGAUGGUUUGACUCCCUUGUCCGCUUCGUGUUGCAUCUACAAAGUUCCCGAACAACUACGGUGUGUAAAUGAAAAGGCCUACACACCUCAAGUAGUCUCUAUAGGUCCGAUUCACCAUGGCAAGAAAGGCUUAGAAGACAUGGAAGAACACAAGAAGAGGUACCUGCAGUAUUUUUUAUAUCGGACUGGGGUCAGCUUGGAAGAUUAUGUAACGAAAAUAAAGGGCAAGGAAGAGAAAUUGCGCAGUUGCUAUGCUCACACCAUUGAGUUGUGCAGUGAUGAAUUUGUAAGAAUCAUUCUUGUGGAUGCCGCGUUCAUCAUUGAGCUCUUAUUGAGGUACGGGGGGUAUAUCGUUCACGAUAGCAAUGACCGCAUCUUUAACAAACCAUGGUUGAUAAAUAUUAUAUGUCCUGACAUGCUUUUGCUUGAAAAUCAGCUGCCAUUUUUCAUUCUUGAGGAUCUCUUUGCCACUGCAGAGGUGCCGGCGACGGUGCCUUCAGUAUUUGAUCUCUCAUACACUUACUGCAAGGUAUCAACGAGUUUAUAUGUGAAAAGAGACGGUUUGGGAUCUUCUUCUAGUUUUAAAGUAGAGCAUUUUGUUGAUUUGGUUAGAACCUUAAAUCUACCAACGGAUCAGGAAGAGAAUGAAAAUCGAGGGUCAGUCGAAUCUCUAGCUGUACCCAGUAUGACGAAACUACACCAGGCUGGCGUCAAGUUUAAGGCGAGAUCAAGCAAGAAUCUAUUUGAUAUGUGUUUUCAAGAAGGGAUUUUGGAAAUUCCAAAUCUAAAUAUAUCCGAUAGCACGGAGCUUGUACUCCGAAACCUUGUUGCCUUUGAGCAAUGCCAUUGCACUCCAAAUACCCGCUACUUUAAUGAUUAUAUCUUCCUCAUGGAUUAUUUGGUGAACACCCCAAAUGAUGUGGAAUUGCUUGUCAAGAAUGGAAUUGUUGAAAAUAUGCUUGGUGACAACAAUGAGGUGUCUACUCUGAUCAACAGCCUUGGCAAAGGUGUUUUGGUGUUCAGAGACGAAUUCUAUUAUGCUACUCUUAUGAAGGACCUCAACAAGUACUACGAAAAGCCGUGGAACAAAUGGAAGGCAGAUCUGAAACAUAAAUAUUUCAACACACCUUGGAAAAUUAUUUCAGUCAUUGCUGCUACUUUUAUCAUCAUACUCACUCUCAUACAAACGGUGUCGUCUAUUGCUAGCUAA